AUGUCUGCGGUUCUUCAAAGCUCCUUCUACUCAACUGCUGCUACAGCUGGCGCUGCUGCUGCUUGCGCGUUGUCUCUGCUGCCGCUGCUGGCCCACGGCUGCCGGCUGCUGCUGCAGCAGCGCAGCAGCAGCAGCAGCAGCAAAGCAGCAGCAGCAGCAGGGGCUGUCCAAACAGCCCCCAAGACCCUCGCCCUCCGCAUCAUCUUGAUAGUGCCAGUGUAUGCAGCAACUUCCCUGCUGGCCUUUCUCUACUGCUCGCCUGCUGCUGCUGCUGCUGCUGCUGCAGCUCCUGCUGCUGCAGCAGCUGCUGCUGCAGCGGACGGCCCUUUUGCCGUUCCCGCUGGACCCGCAGCAGCUGGCGGGGAGGUGCCUGGCCGCGCUGCUGCUGCUGCUGCAGCAGCAGCAGCAGCAGCAGCAGCGCUGCAGCAAGGCAGCGGCGGCUGGAAAGGACUCUGGCUGCGGGGAAUCAGAGAAGGCUAUGAAGUCUAUGCCCUUUAUGCCUUUCUAGAACUUCUCAUUGCGCUGCUGGGCGGGGAGCAGCAGGCAGUCAACCAGCUCCACCUCAAG